AUGGCAGCAAGUACGAUCAGAAAGGCAAUUGGGGCAGUGAAGGAUCAAACAAGCAUUAGUAUAGCCAAGGUGGCUGGCAAUGUUGCGCCUGACCUUGAGGUCUUGAUUGUGAAAGCCACGACACAUGACAACGAACCUGCAGAUGAGAGAUAUUUAAGGGAGAUACUGAAUUUGACUUCCUAUUCAAGAGGGUAUGUCAACGCCUGUGUUAUUGCAAUUUCCAAGAGAUUGAGCAAAACCCAUGAUUGGAUUGUGGCAUUGAAGGCCUUGAUGUUGGUUCAUAGGCUGUUAAGCGAUGGGGACCCAAUUUUUGGACAGGAGAUAAUGUAUGCCAGUCGGAAGGGGACAAGAGUUCUAAACAUGUCAGAUUUUCGAGAUGAGGCCCACUCGAAUUCGUGGGACCAUUCAGGGUUCGUGAGGAGCUAUGCACGGUAUUUGGAUCAGAAGCUCGAGUUUAUGGUGUAUGAGAGGAAAUUGAAUGGUGGUGAUUACGAGAAGAAGAGAUAUCAGGAUGAGUAUGGAGAGUUUAGGGAUGAACCUGGUUAUGGAAUGAAUAGGCAAAGGUCUUAUGGUGAUCUGAACGGCUCACAAAAGGAGAGGAAUGAAGUGACACCUGUAAGGGAAAUGAAGCCAGAGAGGAUUUUGGAGAGGUUCAAUCAAUUGCUUAUGCUUCUUGAUCGUUCAUUAUCUUGUAGACCAACAGGUUCUGCAAAGAACAGUAGGAUGGUAAUUGUAGCACUAUACCUGGUUGUGAAGGAAAGUUUUAAACACUACGCAGAUAUAUGUGAGGUGUUGGGCAUUUUGUUAGAUCGGUUUUUGGAAAUGGAAUAUGUUGAGUGUGUUAAGGCUUUUGAUGGUUAUGUUAGCGCGGCAAAGAUGACUGAUGAACUUUCCAACUUUUAUAAUUGGUGCAAGGAUACAGGAGUUGUGAGGUCAUCGGAUUUCCCAGCAUUGCAUAUAAUUACUGACAAGCUUUUGGGGACUCUCGAAGGGUUUUUGAGGGAAAAGGCAAAUAGGCCAAAGAGCCCCGAGAAAAGAAGAGAAGCUACUUACUCUCAAAUUAAAGAGGAUGACGCACCAAACAUGAAUGAAAUAAAAGCACUUCCUCCACCAGAGCAUUACAGUCCUCCACUCGCACCACAGCCCCAAUCCAUACCACAGACUCAUCAAGUGACCGAAGAACUAGUGAAUUUGAAGGAUGAUGGAGUAUCAGCUGAUGAACAGGGCAAUAAAUUGGCAUUGGCUUUGUUUUCUGGUCCUGCUGCUAAAAAUCCAAACGAUGCAUGGGAAACGUUCCAGACAGAUGGAGCGACUGAAGUGACUUCAGCAUGGCAGAAUCCAGCUGCUGAGAGUGGUAUAGCCAACUGGGAGUUAGCCUUGGUCGAGUCAUCUAGCAAUUUAUCAAAACAGAAGGCUGAUUUAGCAGGUGGUUUUGAUUCACUGUUGUUGACUGGUAUGUAUGAUCAGGGGGCAGUGAGGCAGCAUGUAAAUAUUUCUCAACUGAGCGGUGGGAGUGCAAGUAGUGUUUCAUUGCCUGGAACAGGCAAAAGUGCGACACCCAUGUUGGCAUUGCCCGCUCCUGAUGGGACAUUCCAACAAGUUGGGCAACAAGAUCCGUUUGCAGCAUCUCUAUCUGUGCCACCACCGUCUUAUGUUCAAAUUGCAGAUAUGGAGAAGAAACAGCAUCUUCUCACACAGGAGCAGCAGCUUUGGCAGCAAUACGCGAGCAAUGGGAUGCAAGGCCAAUUGGGCUUGGCCAAGGUAGCUGGCAAUGCUGGUUAUUAUGGUGCUGGAAUGUCCUAUGGAAUGCCCCAACUUACUGGCUUAGGACAGUCUGUGGGUUACUACCACAUACCAUUCUAA